GUCCCCGGAACGUUUAUGCGUAGCAUUAGCGGCUGCGCGCCUACAUCGGACAGUUUGACUAAAUGCACGUAGUCAACAAGAUGGCGGCUUCACGUGUGGAAGAAGAGAUUGCUGCUGCAGAAAGUGAUUGUGGCUCUGAACAAAGCUCAGGUCUCCCAGAUGACAGCUUUUCUUCUGGGGUUGAAGAGUUUGAAGGCGAUGAGGAGGAUGAACCUGCAAUCCUGGAUGACAAAGAUGAAACUGCAGCUGAGUCCAAAGAUGCAGCAAACCCUGGCUGGGCUGAUGCCAUGGCUAAAGUGCUCAACAAAACAGUUCCCAAGAGUAAACACACCAUCUUGGUUAAAAACAAAUCACGAGACAAGGAACGAGAGAGAGAGAAACAAGAAAGGUUGGAGAAGAGGAGGCAGCUUGAUAAAAAGCUGGAGUGGGAAGCUAUGUGCAGAGUGAAGCCAGAUGUUGUCAGAGACAGAGAAACAGAGAGAAACCUUCAGAGAAUUGCCACGAGGGGAGUAGUCCAGUUAUUUAAUGCUGUCCGGAAGCACCAAAGAAAUGUUGAAGAGAAGGCAAAAGAGGCAGGGAGUUCCAACAGAAAACGGGCAAAAUUGAUAUCAUCUGUUUCAAAGAGAGACUUUAUUAAUGUACUGAGAGGGAUGGAAGGAACGGAAGUGGAGCAAAACACCACUAAGAAGUCCUUGAAAAGCAAACAGGGUGACGCUAAAUCUGAAGAGGGGCCAGCAUGGAGUAUUUUGCGAGACAACUUCAUGAUGGGAGCCUCAAUGAAAGACUGGGACAAGGAAAGUGAUGGGGAAGACAACAUUGGUCGAGAUGGGGAAAUCAAACAGGAGAGCAGAAGUGACUUGGACUGAUGAAAUUGAAAACGUGUAUAUUUUGGUUAAAUAAGGCAGGGGUGGCCAACAGUAGCUCUCCAGAUGUUUUUUUUGCCUACAACUCCCAUCAGCCCCAGCCAGCAUAGCCAAUGGCUGGGGCUGAUGGGAGUCGUAGGCAAAAUACAUCCGGAGAGCUACUGUUGGCCACCCUCUGAAAUAAGGAUUUUGUUCAUCCAGGCAGCCUUAUUCUACAAAAGCAAGGACUUGUUAAAGAUUGAAGAAAAACUGUUUUAACAAAACAUUGUCCUACAAUCCUGAAAUCCUAUGGUAUUUCUUCACAAAUUAUUCCUAAUUGUUUUUAGAUUUUCAAAACAUUUUGUACAGUCCAGACUGACUCCUCCUCAAUCAGAAAGGGGAAGAUGUUGCCAAGUUCAUUUUAAGUUUAAAUACUGCUUAAUACUGCUAAAUGUUGUUGUACUAACUUUUCCACUUUGAUUUUUGUAAUUUGGUUAGGUUUUGAUCAGUUUAUACAAUAAAUAUUGGCGUACCAGAAACAUGUAUGAAAUUA